GCUGCCGACUAAAGCCAGUGAGUCCAGGUUUGGGGGUCAGGAACUGGUCUGACAACAGAAUGGAGAGCCUGAGUGUGCAUUAGCUUUCAGGAAUAUAUGCUGUGGAGGAUGUACAAGGAAAACACACAGAGGCUUCCACAGAUACAGCCAGGGAAUGUCAAGACAUGUUUCAGGCCAUAGUGAUUGCAGCUAAAGAUGUCAGAUAGUGUCGAUAUUGAAGAGAAGCCGCCUGCCCCCCCCCUGAGAAUGAACAGUAGUUCCCGCGACCCUUCCUCACUGCACAGUUCCAAACCGCUUCCAAUGGCUCCAGAAGAGAAGAACAAGAAAGCCCGUCUCAGGUCCAUCUUUCCCGGAGGAGACAAGACCAAUAAGAAGAAGGAGAAAGAGCGUCCUGAGAUUUCCCUGCCCUCUGAUUUCGAGCACACCAUCCAUGUAGGCUUUGACGCAGUAACAGGAGAGUUCACCGGUAUUCCAGAGCAAUGGGCCCGGCUAUUGCAAACCUCUAAUAUUACUAAGCUGGAACAGAAGAAGAACCCUCAAGCUGUUAUAGAUGUUCUCAAGUUCUACGACUCCAAAGAGACCGUCAACAACCAGAAAUACAUGAGCUUUACAUCAGGAGAUAAAUCCGCUCAUGGUUAUAUUGCAGCCAAUACUCUGAACCGUCUCCUGUCUUCCGGGCCACCUGUCAGCCUUAGAACCUGCAGCGUGUUAUUUGACAAGCAAAGUGCUAAGACAGUGUCUGAGCCUCCGAUUGCACCUCCGGUGUCUGAAGAAGAAGAUGAGGAAGAGGAGGAUGAAGACGAAGAAGAUGAUGAGGACGAUGAGGAUGAGGUCCCACCCAUCAUCGCUCCACGACCGGAGCACACCAAAUCUAUCUUCACACGCUCUGUCAUUGAGCCGGCUGCACCUCCUGCUCCUGUCAAAGAGGUCACAACCCCUCCAGAGUCCCAGGUCCAACCGGAGAACACGUCCAGUACGCUGUACCGUCACACUGACCGGCAAAGGAAGAAAUCCAAGAUGACUGAUGAGGAAAUACUGGAAAAACUCAGAAGCAUUGUUAGUGUUGGCGAUCCCAAGAAGAAAUACACACGUUUUGAGAAAAUAGGGCAAGGGGCAUCUGGGACAGUAUACACAGCUAUUGACAUUGCCACUGGACAAGAGGUGGCCAUCAAACAGAUGAACCUGCAGCAGCAGCCAAAGAAAGAGCUCAUUAUUAAUGAGAUUCUAGUGAUGAGGGAAAACAAAAACCCCAACAUAGUCAACUACCUGGACAGUUAUCUGGUUGGAGAUGAGUUGUGGGUGGUAAUGGAGUAUUUGGCAGGUGGUUCACUUACUGAUGUGGUAACAGAGACCUGCAUGGAUGAAGGACAGAUCGCUGCAGUAUGCCGAGAGUGUCUACAGGCUCUGGACUUCCUGCAUUUAAAUCAGGUGAUACACAGAGAUAUCAAGAGUGACAAUAUCCUGCUGGGCUUGGAUGGAUCAGUGAAACUCACGGAUUUUGGCUUCUGUGCUCAGAUCACACCCGAGCAGAACAAGCGCAGCACCAUGGUCGGCACACCCUAUUGGAUGGCCCCAGAGGUCGUGACCCGGAAGGCAUAUGGCCCCAAAGUGGACAUCUGGUCCCUGGGCAUCAUGGCCAUCGAGAUGGUGGAGGGAGAACCACCAUACCUGAAUGAGAACCCACUCAGGGCCCUGUAUUUAAUUGCAACCAAUGGCACUCCAGAACUACAAAAUCCUGAGCGGCUUUCCUCAGUGUUCCGAGACUUCCUGAACCGUUGUCUGGAGAUGGAUGUGGACCGGAGAGGCUCGGCUAAAGAAUUGCUACAGCACUCAUUCCUGAAACUUGCCAAGCCUCUCUCCAGCUUGACUCCACUGAUUGUAGCCGCCAAGGAAGCCAUCAAGAAUAGCAGCCGCUAGGAUGUUCCCCAUACCCAACAUACACAAACACAACAUUCACACAGACACACCCACACACACUGCUCGUGGUGACAGAGGUACAGUGUGUAGAUGUGUGAUGGCACAAUGACAAAAUCUGAAUCCGGACACAAACACUUACACAAGCACAUGCUUACACAAGCACUUUCCCUUAUAAGGCUGAUUCACCGCUCUUCAAGGCCUUUGGAAUGGGAUUGGCCCCACUGUCUGGCCCUCACACACACAUUGUUAUGUAUGGAACUGUUGCACCAGUCCAUCAGUGUGUGUCCACACAUCUGGAAAGGAGACUAUCAAACUGAAAAAUGAGAAACAAUUCCUUUGUUCCUUUUCUCUGGAAUGAAAGAUGAUGUGGAUUACAGUAGACCUCUACAAUCAUUCAGUUUAGUCUCUUAUUUAACCUAUUCUGAACUAUGGUCUUGGAUUACUACUGACCUGCUUUGGGUUUUAUAGGGUUUUCCUGUGAUAAAAGCCUGAAGAUGUGUACCUCCAAAUCUCGGGAUCUCCUCAAGACAUCUGCAUGACUGUCAACAACAGCUAUUCACAGCAAUCACCUCCUUUCUACUCUGUGUGUGCGUGCAAAUCAGAGUGCAUAAGUGUGUGAGAAAUAUACUGGAAGUACACGGGUGAAUCUCACAAAAACAGGUGAAAUUUCCCCCCAAAAUCAAAAGAAAGAAAUAAGAAGUGAUAUUUUGCAUAUAGAAAAUUAAGCUAUCAUGUGACAUUAUUCUCAUGACACAUUUCACAUCCCACAAUUCUCAUUACCGUAAUGCAAUUACUGUAAUACUAAAAAUAAAUAAAUAAUAAUUAUAUAAUAUUAUUUUGUAUUGCUGUAAUGAAAAUUUUUUUUUUUUUUUUUUUUUGCAUUACGGUUAUGAGAUUAGUCCAGUUGGCAGGGCAAAUAUUGUGUAAUAGGUUUACGCUUACAUGUAAAAGUCCCUGGAUACAUAAAACUGAAUUUUUCACAGAAUUCCAUCACUUUUGCAUUUAUGUAACGUAAAAUAUAAUAAGAUAAUGGGCCCUAUUUAAGAGCACUUGCGCUAAGUGCAGCACUAUGUUUUAAGUCAUAAGUCAAUGGGCAUGGCCAUGAAGUUUUGGUAUUUUCGUGGAAGCAUGCACUACGUCUAGGCGCAAGUGCAUGCAAAGUGCUACUGGGGCUGGGUCAAGUGCAAUUUAAUUUGGAGGUUCUUCUCCGGUUAUUGCACCGUCUGCGUCCUAUUAUAUAGUCCAUUCCCUGUCAAGCACCAGCGAUAUAAACAAAGAUGGCACAUUCAUAAGAAGUUGGUGGUAUAAAUGGACGUACUUUUGUAUGUCAACUGCAUCCUUGUUGAAUGUCAGGCGUAUUUCUUUGACAGUGACACGCUCCUUUUAUACGCAUGAAAAAUGUGUUACUCAUCAGGAUUUGGAUGUAGGCUUUGUUAAAUGAUAGAUAAUACAAGUAUUAUUAAUCAUUUUUAAUAAUUAAAAAGUAAAUUCAAUUAUUGAAACACGAAAUACUUAAACCAAAUAUAUUUCUAAAUGUAAAUUUAUCUUGAAACUAAAUAAAAAUAUGAUCAAAAUAAUGAAGUGGUCAAAUAAAAUAAAUAAUAAAAAAAAAUCGUAUAGAAUGAACUGCCCAAAUCCAACAUUUUACCCUCUCCAACUUCUUUCACCGGCCCCUUUUGCAGUGACUUAAAAAUCACUCUACAACAACAGGUGGAAAACUACCAAUACAAAUUAGAUCAUAAAUACAAUUGUAAAUAUAAACAUAAUAAUAAUAAUAAUAAUAAUAAUUGAAAAAUAAACCAUGAACUCUAAAUAUUAUACACAAAUAAAAUUUUACACAAAUAUACAUUUUUGUUACAUAAAACAGUUACAACAGUGAUUGUCAUGGACAUAAUUUAAUGUACCACUAUAUUUUCACCUGCUGGUGGAAUCUCCAAACUGCAAAUGCAGGAGCUGAGUUUAGGCUUUGCGCUGAUAAUAGAUGUGCUUAGCACAAUUUCUCAGGAAAACAGCAAAUUGCGCUUUGUGCCACUUCAUUAACAUACAAGACAAACACAGUUUGUGCACAUACACCCACAGAUAGCGCAAACACUCCCACCCACGCCCAUUUGCACUUUGCGCUGCACGAAAAUUGCGCUUUGAAUUAGCGUUCAUGAAAAUCACCUGAGACAUAGCGCAUGGUCGUUGCGCGUAGCACUGCUCUUAACGCAGCGACAAAAAUAGAGCCUGUGAUCUUUGAAUAUACAGCAGAGUGAAAGGGGUUAAUUGUCAUGAGGAUAAUGCACAUUGUUAUGAGUAACAAUAGAUCUUAAUGGUCCUGAAGCUUGAAAAACAUGAAGGGAAAAGCCUAGGCUUCAUUUUUCUCCAUCAAAGUAUAAUUAAUUAUUUUUCUCUCACUGUCUCUCUCACUCUCAGCCAAAAUGGAUUCACAGACUGUGUUUUCUCGUGCAAUAUCUCUGCCGUAGGACACAGCAUCUACACAUGAAUUUAAGAAUACAUAGGUAUAUACUAUGCAUUUUAAGAACUAAUGCAAGCCAUCGUAAGCCAAAUGCAGAGCGGGCUAGUGUGUUACUUCUUGGGCAUUAUGGUGUAAGAAAUCCACACUGGUGUUUCGGUGUCUGCUCAUCACACAUUGUCAGAAAACAUUGUGUUAAUCAUUCGAAGAGCAGCAAUUGGCUGAAAUUUUUUGCGGGAUAAAGGGCCAUUCACACAGGAUGCAUUAUUGCCUUCCAUCUAAAAAGAUUUGUACGGAUGAAAUAUACUUAGAUUUUCUGUGUAUAUUGUGCGAGACUGCAAAUUCAGUACAGUUUGCAUGGACUGUCUGUGUGCAGCUCAGUAUUUGUAGAUGUAUUUGUAGUUUUUGUCUGUAGUUGUAGUUGACUGAUCUAAAGAGUAUCACAAAGCAGUCAUAUUGUAUGCAUGCGUUCAAGCUUACGGUCAAAAUGGUGUACUUUGGAAAGCCAGAAUGCCCGACAGUGCACGAGAUGUAAUGCCACACAGAAAAAAUAGGGAAAACCCUGGCACUUAGACAUACGUCUUUGGCUGUUGUGGCGCAUCUUGCUGUUUUAUUCAGCAUCAUUCUCAGUGUGGCCACAAGGGGCACAAUAGUGUGCAUAAGCGUAAACUGUCUUCUACUGUCAGGUUUUUUUUAGGUAAACUACUGUCAUGCCCGAGUAACAGUUUGAAGAGACUCUUGCGGAGCAUGUUAGAUCUGCAAAACAUGUUUAUAGAUACCUGAAGAACACAUCAUUUUAAUGGCACAGACAUUUGAAGGUAACUUGUAAUCAUUAAUUUCACAUUUUCAUUUGUGUACUUAUGCAAGGUUUGUUUCUUCAACAUGAUCACACAAAAAAAAUCUGCAUGUUGCUUCCGAAAGUUCAUGUACCCUGAAAUCAACCCCAUUCAGCCGAAUUACUAACAAGCGGCAUCACCUAUCAGACAUUUCUGCAUCAAUUCAACUGCGAUCACCUUUCCCUGUGGCGCUACUGAUAGCGCAUUGCGCGGACAACCUCUGAGACACGGGUUCUGGUUCUGUUGGGACCAGGAAGUAAUCUCGUUUACAUAAACUUUUUCGUCCUACAAAAGGGAGGUUCAUUCGGAGGUUACAUUUUUACUCCACUGACAGAUAGGUUUAGGGUUGGGUUUUUUUAGUAAAGACGUGGCCACAUUUAGCUUUGCACGGUGAAAUUUAGCAGGUGAAAUACAGUCAUCUCAAUGGAAAUCCAUGCGAUUGUGAAUUCCGUGCAAUGCACUUCCAGUGACAAAGAAUUUCCCCUUGUGGAUUUCACGUGGAGUUCAAGUAACUUUGACAGGCGAAUUCGCCAUGUUGACCAAUAGGAAGUUGCUUGGUUUGGCGUGACCUUUGUGUGGGUAGGGCUUCGUAAACAGCUACACUGAAUAUUCACAAUGGACAAGGAUAACAUUUUAGCGGUGAGUUUCUUUUUAACUUCACUCCCCCGAGUAUAAAGUGCGGCAUUAAAAAGGAGGUAGAGUUAAAAAAAUAUGCAUUUCUGUUGAAUGUUACAUUAUUUACAGCCAGAAAUACAACUUGCUUUUGGUGCCACUCUGUGGUCAUUUCACACAGAAAUGGGAGCUCCCACGAGCCUAUACGUUCAACAACAUUUCCAGCUUCAGUCACUGGGGCAGUGAUUCGAAUUUCAGUAAGCACGGACCGAUUUCAGCAGCAGAACUUUUAACCUCCAGUUGCUGAAUUCAGCGUGUGAUCAGUCUGAUUUAUGGCUUAAGUCCUGUGUCAAGUUGAAAACAGUUUAACUAGGAAAAACACAUCUCAAAACCCCUACUUUCUAUUCCAUUUCUUUGCACUCUAGCUGUUUUUGAAUGCAAGAAUGUGUCCUGUGUGAACGGCCCUUAAGAAAACAGUCUGUAAAUCCAACCCCAACACUAACUGUGGACACUCUUUCAUUUUUAACGCUACACAGACUUCAAUACACAUCAAUAGGGGUGCUAUUUCUGAUGCCUUUUUCAAUAUUGGUCAAGUUCAAAACUGUUUGAUUUUUGCUGAGGUUAUCCUUAUAUUCUCCCUUGGUUUAUGAAUAUGGAUUCAUACAAUACAGAAGUUAAAGUUGUAAGUAUACACCCUUGUAGAGGAUGUAGGUGUCUGUUAGACUGUGUCCACUUGAUAUCUUUCUUUACAAAAAUGAGUGUAUGUGUGAGAGUUGUGCUAUGUAUGUGCGUAGAUAAGAUAACCUCAGCCUGGUAUUAGUCUGUCUCUCAAAUCACUGUGAAAGUUCAGGAUACUACACUAGACUACCCCACCGUAAGCAGACGUGUACAAGAGUAGAUAUAGUACAGUAGAUUAGAAGACAACCAUAGACAUCUAAAGGCAUUGAUAGCAAUAUUUAAAUAGUGCUAUUGCCAACAUACCACAAUGGAUGUCACAACCCCACCUACAGUCGGUAUCAGAGUGUUGUUUUAUAGUAGGAACCAGUUUCAUGCAUGACAUAACGGAAUUACUUUCCUCCAGCUCUGGUAACCUUUGAUAAGUUAGCGUUACAAACAUUUGAGGAUGAUAUUUAAUGUACAUUGUUAUGUUUCGUUCUUUUUUCAAAUGAAAACCUUACGACAGUAAUAUUCAGGCUGCUCUUUGAUAUGUUUUUGUAAAUAUUGUUCACCCUGGUCCCAAGGAAUACAACAAAUCAAAACUCUGAUGGAGAUGGUGGUCCAUUUCUUACAGAGAGCAGCAUCUUGUGCCUGUAACAGAGACUGCAGAACGCACCUGUCCCGAACACUCACCAAGCAACCUUCUAUUGCAGCCUUCCCCUAAAUACAAGGAGGAACUCAAUGCAAAUUUAUUUAUAGCCCUUGGACUUUCCUUUUGAAAGACACUUCGUAUUCAAUCAGGGCUUGGACCCGAUGUGAACUAUGAGCACAUGACGACAUGCGAACAUGAUAAACGUAACGGAUGUGGAAAGUGCGCAACGACUCUGUCCAGGAUUCCUCUUGUCUCUUGUAAAUGCCCUUUUCUUCUGAAUGUUUGAACCCUGUACACGUGCUGUGGCGAAAUCCUUCUAUUGGUGUCUAAUAUGAAAAUGGAACAAAGACUGUACAUGCUGACAAAAAGGUUUUUUUCUUUUUAAAUUAUUAUUCAAACAUGACGAAACUGUUGAUGUGGACUCGUGCGCAUCUCAGCAAGGACCUCCCCUGCUCUUGGAAAGAAAUAUGAAAAGAUGAGAGGCAUAUGGUUAAAUGCUCCGCAGGUGUGAGAACUAUUGUUUUGGAUAAGCUAUUUUAAAUUGUGGUUGAAGCAAUAGACUUUUUGAAAUCUAAAUUGUGCAUGGCUGUGUCUUGAGUGUAAAACAAAAAAGCUACAGUUUGGGAACUGGACUGAAAUAUAAAAAAUUAUAAUAAAAAAAGGAAAACAUCCAGGACAAAAUGCUAAUUUUUCUGGCCUGAAUAAUAUUAGUAAGGACCUUGGGAAUUUUUAGAGCAUCAGAUGUGCAUCUAUUGUUAGUUUAGAACCAAAGAGUCUAUCACAAUAUGCGAUUGAAUCUCACAUAACAUGUCCAGGGGCAGUAUGCAUAAAACUUCUCAGAAAUGCUCUUAAGAAUUGUCUUUGAUAGCUUUGAUAUAGUAAGUGUCAAAAAAAUUCUUAGUAAAAACUAGGACUUGUGUAAGAGUAAAAGCUUUUUUUAUAUAUAAAGAAGCUAAAA